AUGUUCAAGUAUCUUGCUUUAUUGUUUGUAGUAGGAAGUGUCUGGUGUGGUAAUUUGGUUGAGGUUCUCCAAACUGACGGAGAGAGUAAACUUAUAAAAUAUGUCACUGCUGCUGGACUUGCAGAUGCUAUACUUGCAGGAACAUACACAAUCUUUGCACCAACUAAUGCUGCAUUUGAUGCCGUUGGAACUGAAGCAGAACUUCUUAAGGACACAACAGCUUUAGCAAAUAUUCUGAAAUACCACGUUGUCAAAGGCGCAAUUCCAAGUUCAGCCGUCAAAAAUGAACUUCAGUUGGAAACAUUAGCAGGAACAAAAAUUAGAUUCAACACAUACUCACAUAAUCAUGCUGUAACUAUUGAAGGUUCUAAAAUCUCCAAAUUUGACCUCUCAGCAUCCAAUGGAGUAGUGCAUGUCAUUGAAAAGGUCAUGAUGCCCCCAAAAGGCAACAUUGUUGAUCUGGUUGUCGGAAACAGCGAUCUCAGUACUUUAUUGACUCAAGUUCAAAACGCCGAACUUGAAACUGCGUUAAAAGGUGAUGGAUUGACUGUAUUUGCACCAACAAAUGCUGCUUUUGCAAAAAUGGGAUCAUCAAUUCUUGCCAAACUUACAUCAAAUAAAGCUCUUCUAACAGAAAUACUAGAAUACCAUGUAGUUCCUCAUACAGAAUACUCAGCCGGUCUGUACAACAGAGAAACAUUAGCUACAAUUGACAAACACCAUGACCGAAUUCGACUCGGCACAAGAGGCUCUGUAACUGUGAAUAAUGCCAAAGUGAUACAAGCGGAUAUUUCAGCAACUAACGGUGUUGUUCAUGUUAUAGAUCACGUUCUAAUCCCAUUUAGAUAUAGACUUCAAUUUGGAUUUGGAAAAUAGACAGAGUGUUAUGACUAUAUUUUAUGUAUGACUUAUGAAUAUGUUUUAAAAUUACUUGUAAAUUC